AUGUCGAAAUCCUCCGAGUACCAGUCUGCUAUCACGCAGUCUGUUCUUGUCUGCACCCCAGAUACUUGCCGAACUGCCAACAACCGCAUCUACAACUCAGACCUUGCUGUUCUGGGCACGUACUGGUCUCCUUACAUUGCUGUCGGCAUUGGCGGCGCCUGGAUUGACGGUUGGAAUAUUGAAGGUAUUGCCGGUGUUGUGAUGAACCCGCUGCAGGGGCCUGGGGGCUCGGCUAGAAGACGAAUGAGGUUGCGGUGCGUGCGUACUGGGCUGAUGGCGGCUUCUCGUACAUUCUGGAGAACCGUCGGUGGUCAUUAUUUCGUGACUCUGCUCGGCUUCUCUCUCGGCAUUGUUGUUGUGCUUGCUUUCUGGGCGCUGGGCAAAUCCUGCGCAAAAUGCAACCUGUGCUGA